AAGUAGGGUUGUCGCCGGCCAUCAACAAUCCAAAUGAACUCCUACGGUUUGUAGACAAUAUUAAAAACUGAAUUUAACUGCCUUCCCACAAGAAAUCACCAACACAAAGGGAGCGACAACCCACCGCCUGCGCCCAGAAACCUGGUCGACUGUUUUCCCGAGUUUUCUUUUGGCCCACAACCUGCGUUUGCUCUGUGCAGUCACUGCCGCGCCAUACAUUUUAUUUCAUUAGCGAAGCCCAUAUAUAUUUAUAAUUUUACUUGUGUGUUUUGUUUGCCGCGACGUUUCGUUUUCAAUUCGAUGGUGCACCAAAACACACAGCUCAGAACAUCCACAUAGCACACUGAAAGAAACCAAGAACCCAACCCGACACCGAAACUGAAUAGACGCAAGUACCGACCCAACGAGACCCUUUCCAAAGCCAAAGACCAGUCCAAAAUGGCCAAAAUGUACGGAAAGGGUAAGACUGCUAUCGAGUCGGAGGAGCUGCAGAAGCGACGCUGGCAGAUCGAGCUGGAGUUCGUGCAGUGCCUGUCGAACCCCAACUAUCUAAACUUCCUUGCACAGCGUGGAUUUUUCAAGGACCAGUCGUUCAUCAACUACCUGAAGUAUCUGCAGUACUGGAAGGAGCCGGACUAUGCGAAAUACCUCAUGUACCCAAUGUGCCUCUACUUCCUCGAUCUGCUGCAGUACGAACACUUCCGCCGGGAGAUCGUCAACUCGCAGUGCUGCAAGUUCAUAGACGACCAGGCCAUUCUGCAGUGGCAGCACUACACUCGCAAGCGCAUCAAACUGAUCGAAAACGUUACGGCCGCCCAGCAGCAACAACAGCAGCUUCAGCAGCAACAACAGCAGGCGAACGGCAUGGAGGCAGCAACGGGAGGCGAAUCAGCAGCACCUACCCCCAACGUGAACGGGUCAGCUUCCACGGCGGAUAGUCAACAGACGUCUUCUGCCCUACAGCCUGUCCAAGCACAGCCUGGAAAUCCCCAGCAGCAGCAGCAAAUCAAUGGCGUGGCAUCGGGGGCCAACAUAAAACUAGAGUUAAACUAGCGCUGGCAACUAAAAGUUUACCAAUAAAAUAGUAUAAGAACCUGG